UCCCCUGGUACCCAUUUAUCGACCAGCCCGAGAGGGAGGUUGAACAGCUGGGUGAGCUGCACGCCGACUGCCCGGGCCGGUUUCGAACCCGGGCCCGCGGAGUAGUAGCCAGGCGCGCUGACCACUAGACCACGGAGGCGUAUAUCCUUCAUUAGCUCCGAAAAGAACAACGCCGGGUUAAUAUGCAGGAGGAGUAGGCGUACUCUGUUACCAAAAUAUGUGGACGAAUUUUAAUUAUUGGGCCACGGUGCUGCUAACGGCGAUGGUGUGGGGGGUGACGGCGCGGGAUGCUGGGAACACCCUUUCUGUCGCUGCCUAUCAACACACGGCGAUUUUGGACCAGCGCGGCGACUUCGUCAUGAGGUGGACGCCCGAGGAAGAGAGCCUCAGGGUGGAGAUCCAAGUGGCCACCAAGGGCUGGGCGGGGCUCGGUUUCUCGCCCAACGGGGGUAUGCGCGGGGCCGACAUCACCUUGGGUUGGGUUGACUCACACGGGGAGCUCCAUGUGCAUGAUCGUUACGCCCACGGCGAGACAACACCCGUGGUGGACCACUCACAGGACAUGGUGGUGGAGGGCGGCUACCAAAACGACACCCACACCGUGAUACGCUUCUCGCGGCCCUGGAACACCUGCGACAAGAGUCAAGACAUGAAGCUUUCGGGGGAUACGAUGAAGAUUAUCUGGGCAUUCGGCGAGGAAGAUCCGGUUGACGAGAUGGUGAUGGAACGACAUGCGCAGCGAGGAGUCAAGAGCAUCUAUUUGAAAGAGCCGAGCUUCGCGCCGCCGCCCCUCACGGAGGACAUCGAGGCGUGGGACAUCCGUGCACCAAACGUGAGUCUACCAUCCCACACAGACACAGUCUACUGGUGCAAACUCUACAAGGCGCCAGAUUACGUCAACGGUGCGCACAUAAUCGGGUUCGAGCCGCUCAUCACGAAAGACAACCUCGCCUACGUGCAUCACAUGGUCCUGUACAACUGCAUCGGCUCCCCUUCCCACCUGGACAAGUGGGCGCAGCACGACGGCGUCCAGUGCUACACGUCCAACAUGCCUCCCUCGUGGUACUCAUGCACAACAACAUACAUCGCCUGGGCGGUGGGCAGCGAAGGGGAGAUGUGGCCGGACAACGUGGGCCUGCCUAUUGGGGGAGGGAGUGACCCUAACUACUAUAUGCUGGAGGUUCAUUAUGACAACUCUCGCCGAAUGGAAGGCGUCGUGGACGACUCUGGCCUGCGCUUGCUCUACACGAAGGAGCUGAGGAAAUACGACGCAGGCGUCUUGUCGGUGGGCCACGUAGUUGAAAAGGGCCAGGUCAUUCCUCCCGGGCAGUCCUGGAGAACCAUCGGCCACUGCGGCGGCCCGUGCCUCGAGGCGGUCCUGCCUCCUGAGGGCAUCAAGGUGAUCCAGGUCCUCCAACACGCGCACCUCCUCGGCAAGGCACUGACCCUGAGACACAUCCGUGGCCACAGAGAACUGCCCAUCAUUGCCCAGGAUUUAAAUUAUGACUUCAACUACCAGAUAUCCAGGAGACUGAAGAAGGAAGUGACUGUGCUGCCCGGAGACUCCUUCAUUCAAGAGUGCCUGUAUGACUCUAAGGGCAGAACGGACCCAACCUUUGGCGGCCUUGACUCCGGGGAUGAGAUGUGCCAGUCCUUCCUGUUGUAUUACCCCAGGGUGCCCCUGACUUACUGCGCGUCACACCCCGCCCUGGGGAACAUCUACCGGCCACUCGGGGUGAAGAACGUCCAGACACUGAAUAAGGAAGUGAAUAAGGAGAGCGAGAGGAAGCUGGUUGAGGCACUCUUGGAGAAGAAGGAGAGGCCCGCUAUAAAGGAGUACGAUUUUGGAAUGAUCUACAAGAGUAUGGCAGUCCAUGAACCCAGCUCAUUAAGUAACAAGACCUUGUACGACAUUUUCCACGAUAAGAAGACAUGGAGAGACAAGGGCAGGAUGCGGACUCUGCAAAAACUAACUGAAUAUGGCACUCAUCGCAUGAUGUGUCGUAUUAAUGGCCAAGGACAGUUUCAUGACUAUGAGUACCCAUGCUUCACCUCAAUCAAAACGCUGGACAGUGAAUGUUCAGAAGCCCACGAAUCUCUAGUCUACCAUCUCGUACCCUCAGAGGUGCCAAAGGGAGGUUCGUCCAGCCACGCCCUGCAGCCAGCCAUCCCUCAUUCUCUGCUGCUCGGCUCUGUGUCUCUCUUGUUCGUUCUCCUCAAGUAAAGAUUAUUGGCCCCGAGGAACAACCUCCUGGAUCUUCUACUGAAUACGUAUAAUCUAAUAAGGGAACGUUCAGGGGUAGCCUACUUUACCUUGCCCCUGGUCGGUAAAGAAUUUUAACCUUUUAGCAUCGUGUAAUCAGUCGCCCUCAGAAAAAUUAUAGGAAUAAAAUUAUGCAAAUAAAGUAAUAACGAAAUAAUGGGAGUAAUAUAAUGCCAACUAGCCUUUUUCCUCUGUUUGUGUGCUGUUUUUGUGAGCUUUGAGGCGUUCUGUGCUGGGAGCUUGUGGUGUGCUGGAGGACGACACAAUCAGGAGGAUUACUGCAUACUACUGACCGCUAAGUGUUCUGAUUUAGUAUUUACCUAGUUAGGUAGAGAUCCACAGUUAGUUCUAGGCCACGUGUAUUAAGCUUCCCACACCUACACCAACUUCAACACUCUUUCACGCGAACCGAGUGCUACACGGUUUUAUAUUACUUUUGUGUUAAUACAGCUUUAUCUUAUUUACGUAAGUGAUUUCUCAGUAUAAUAAUAUACGCACGUGUUUUGUCUUGGUAGAUAGAAAUGACCGCGC